AUGGUAGAAGUGGAUGCAAAACCAUUGUCAGUUGAAGAAGAUGAAAAUGAAAAUGAAGAAAAAUAUGAAAAUGAGGAAAAAGAGAAAUUGGUGAAGCAAUUGAAAUUUGAAAAGUCAGAAAGAAAACGAAUUGAAGAAGAAAUGGAAAAAGAAAUCAGAGAUGUCGAAGCAAAAUGGAUGGAAAAAGUGAGGAAAGCAUCAGAAGAACGAGAUGAAAUUGCACGGAAAAUUGAUGAAUUUGAAGAGAAAAUUGAAAGUAUGCAGAUACAAGUACACAGAAGUGAAACAUACAAAAUGGAAAUAGAAGAAGCGAAUCAGAGAUUGAGGUUACAAUAUGAAGCACUUCAGAGAGAUUAUGAAGAAACAAUGCAGGAAAGAAGCAUAGUUCUGGAGGAAAACUCGAGGCAAACCGAAGAAAGAGAACGUCUUCAAAAAGAAAUUGAGAAGAUGAAAGAGGAUUCCGAAGAAGUUGCAACUCUAAAAAAGAAAUUGGAAAACACUCGACGUCUUCUUCAAGUAAAUGUUGAAGAGACUGUUACUGCAAAUGCAAGAAGAGAUGCAGCUCUUGUAAGACUUACAGAAGCAGAACAAAAUGGAGUUCGUCUGGCAGAAGAGAGAGAUGAAGCGUUGAGAAAAUGUAAGCAGACUUCAGUUGAUGCUAUCGUUGACAUCUGGAAUACUCAUUCAGUUCAAGUUAACUUGCCAUUCAACAAACCAAAUCUAGGAAUAAUGCUCGGAGGAGGGCGUACUGAUGAUGGAUCAAUUGUUCACGGACCUAUUUAUGUUCGUCAUGUUGCUCAUGGCUCUCCAUUUGAGAAUCUUCUGAAAAAGUUGGAUCAUAUAAUGAUGGUUAAUGAUAUUUCUGUAACUGAUAUGGAUGAAAGAAGUGUAAUGGGAAUGCUAUCGAAUUCUCAUCACAUUCAUUUAGUUAUAAGAAGAAGAUCGAAUUGUAACAAGAUUAGUGAUGUGUGUCUACCCUUGAAUUAUGGUGUUGGACUUGAACUUGCCAACGGAGUUUUCAUUAACUCAUGUGAACCCAAUGGAGCUGCGUCUAGAAGUGGAUUAGCUCCAGGUCAACGAGUUGUUCAUGUCAUGCACACACCUGUUUAUGAUGCAAAACAUGCUGAAAUUCUGAUUAAAAAUGCUCGUGAACCACUUAUAAUUGGAAUACUCCAAUCAACAAAAAGAGGAGAUCACAAUGGAAAAGAUAAGAAUAGACCUACUAUUUUCUCGAGAUGGUUCAGUAGAAAUGGUGGGGCAGAGAAAGAGCGUACUGUAGUUGCAAAAGCGAAUAUUGAUCGAUCGAAUGAUCAAGUUCUUCUUCGUCAAGGAUCUCUUAGAAUGCCACAAGCAUCUCCUGCAUCUGUAAGCCCUCUCGUCAGAUAUGGCUCAUUACGUGCUCCAACAUACUCUAAUAGUGUGGCAGAUCAUUCGAAAUUAAUGCUCGAUACAUUGGAUAAACGAUUCAAUGCAAAAUCAUCAGCCCAUUCAGAAAUUAGUUCCUCAUCCACUGCAGCCCCAUCGGCUCCGUGGAGUCCAUCUUCAGUUAAUGAAAAAGAUCUCGUUUUUGCUGGAACAAAUAUCGAAGGAGUUCCAGUAUAUGUACCCAAGAAUACUAUAUUCAGCACACCUACCUCUCCUGUCACAAGAUUAAUCCGGCAAAAUAGUGAGCAAAAACGAACAAUGUCACAAAUCUCAUCAUCUCAUCGAGGUGGAAGUGGAUGGGAUGGAAGAAGCUUCUCAUCAAAUACAACAACUUCCGAUGCUAGGCCGUAUUCAAUGCAUUUCACACCAACUUCUUCAACAAUAAUGGAAGGGAAACCACACAGAAGAUCAGCAGUUUACAGUCCAAGUCAUCCCCCUGCAUACCCAACAAUUCGAGAUGAUUCCCUGUCUUCUGUCAUGUCUUCCAGUAAUUCGAUACGUCUUCCGAGUACCAGUUUUUCCAAUCAAUACCCAAAUAAUUCUGCCUGUAGUCUGACCGGUGGAAAUGGUGCCCCUCCACGUCACUGUAUCAGUAAAGAUGGAAGUGAUUUCUCAAUUUCAACAACUGGAAGUGCAAUGCAUAGUUAUGCAGAAGGUGGUAGAUCACACAAGAAAUAUCAUCAUCAUAUGCCACGUGGAAGUCAUCAUUCCGAAUCUCUUCUAGUCAAUCGAUCAUCUCAACCAAGAUUAGUUGAAGUACCUCGGAGUGACGUGAAAUUAUGCGGAGGAAAUGCUAUUGGAAUUCUUGCUGAGAAGUCAGUUGGAUCUGAGCUUCUUGAAGGCGAUCUCAUUCUGUCAAUUGAUGGGAAUUGUGUGAGGAAUACAACACUGGAAUGUGCAGUGAACACAUUGAUUGCUGAUGAUACCGAACUAACAAGUCUACUGGUUCAAGACGGAGGAGAUCGUCUGAACCGAUUGAGACUUGGAGCAGAUGGUGAUAGUUUCUUCCUUCGAGUCAAUAUAGACAGAUCAAUGGAAAAUAAAGAUGAGUUGGAGCUGAAAUGUGGAGAUGUUGUAUUUGUUGAUAAAACAAUGUUAAUGGGUAAAACUGGAAGAUGGAGAGCAUGGAAAGUUGACAAAGAAGGAAGACAGAGAGAACAUGGAGCUAUUCCCAGUUCUACUACUGUUUAUCAAGCAAUUCGUGCAAAUCGAUACGCGAAUCCAUUCCCCAAAAAAGCAUAUGAAUGGGUAGAAAAGUUGGAUACAAAAGUGAAGAGGCCGGUUCUUUUAUUUGGAGCAGUUGUUGAGCCAUUCCUUCAAAUGUUGGUCGAUGAAUCCGAGAAGUUUUCUAUUGUUGCGAGGGAAUCACUGACUGCAAGUUUCGAUGAAGUAUCUGCACUGUUGAAAGACAAAGUAUUGAUUGAUUCGAAGCAGAAUGAAGAUGUUUAUGAUUUGUAUCAUGUCAUUUCUACAGCUCAUAUCAUGGAUAUUACUGCGCAAGGACUUCAUUGUGUUCUUCAAGUGGAACAAUCUGCUAUUGAUCGAUUAAAAAGAUGUCGAAUGUUCCCAAUUCUUGUAAAGAUUCGUUUCAAGUCAGUAAAACAAUUGAAAGAUAUAAAUGAGCAUAUUUGUGGAGAGAAAAUCAGUUCGAAGGAAGCGAAACAACUUAUUGAAAAAGAUCUGAAAAUCGAAAAAGAUCUCGAUGGAUCAGUUACAUUGGUGGUACCAAGUCAUAAUAAUGUCAGCUUCAUGAUGACUCAUGCUGUGUUACAGCUGAAAAAACUCAUUGAAGAAGAACAAAAGAAAAUAGUAUGGGUUCAAAGAAAAGUCGAUGAAGAAUGA